AUGUUCGAAGUUGAAUACAGUAUUCUGUGGUAUAAUAUAAAUUCACCUAUGUGUGUAUGCACCAUUAUAUAUCUUGUUACCUGAUUUUCGUUUGGAGCAUAUUCGUAUGUUUAUAUUGUCGUUAGGGAUACAUGCGACUCAGACAUUGCGUUUUGAAAUUUUUCUCUUUUUGAAACGAUGCUUGAAUAACUUGGUAUUCAUAGGAUGCGAGAACAGCGUGAAAGAAUAAUCUCCAAGAAAAGUGAACGAUACGUGUGUCAGCUUCCGUUCCUGCUGAUUACAUUGGACGAAAGAGAUAACAGUAGCGUUUUUUAGAAGAGAAUAUCCAUAGAAUUCUAUAUUUCUUACGUUUUCUUUUAUUUUUUAGAAACAUAGUGAAUGCGAGCUUCGAGAAUAUAACAAAUGUAUUUGUUUAUGGAAAAGAAUGUCGUUUGAGGCUCUCAGAUAUUGAUAUACUUUUUGAAUAUAAUUUCCAUGUUGGAGUCGUUCUCACGAGAAGAUAUAAAAACUAA